AUGAUACCCACCCCCGUCUAUACCACCGAAGCGCAUCCCAUUGGCGUGUGGCAGGCCUGGUACUCGGACAAUUUGGCGGCGAUUGAGGACUCCUCGAAAUAUGUCUUCUACGGCCCCAAUGGCCAUAACGACGGUAGCAACGACCUUCAGCAGAUAGCGGUGCCUUUCUAUCCCGAGUGGGCUGGACCUGUGGAGGGUAGCAACGGCAACGGAAGCAACGGGGGUCGGAAUGGCAGCGGCACCAAUGGCGGGAAAGGGUCUAACAACAACUCCUCUGCGUCUCACGAUAUUGCGACUGUCGCCAUCCCGACCCAGCCUCGCACGCCCCGCGACACGUGUCCCAAAACACAGACCUCAGCAAACAUGCGCGUAUAUUCCCCCUACGAGUACACUGACAGUCUCAACAAGCGAGUGUGCUGGACGCCAUAUUUUUUGGGCACUGAACGACAGGAGUUUGACUCUCAUCUGCGCAUGUUUAUGAAUUAUUGCCGCUGGGCCAACAUGAGACUACGACCGGCCCCGCAAGCGGAACGUGGCGACGUCAAAGCCGAGGUGGUGGUGACCACCCAAGCGGCUGGGUGCAUGCUAUCCCCAGGCACAAAACGACCGCGUAACAACGGCAUGUUGGAUAGUAUCAGUGAAGCCCAUGAUAGAGCUAACGCCACAACCCCCACCUCGAAUGACAGACCGGGUGCAACAGCGGCUUCUUCUUCACCCCACGGCCGAGGCAUGCCAAAUGCGAAAAGACCGAGCUACGGGUCAGUACCGAGCUAUGUGACGGCAGGUGCCCCAAACUAUGUGGCGACAUCGUCAACCCCAAGUUACACAGCAACUGCCGUCAAUUCCACAUAUGCGCCUACAACAACGACCUCUACAUCUUCGGGUGCCACAAACUCGCCAUACACAUUUCAACAGUCACAGCAGUCAUAUUUACCACCGCCACAACCGCCAACAUCGAAAUCAACAACCUCGUUGUCACCAUCAAUCUCUUCCGGGUCACCCAACAAUCAGAGCCUCACAUCUGUGUCUUCAAUCAGCAGCCCCGUGACUUCACCAUAUCAAACGCCGCAGACGCGCCCAUUGGUUCCCGAGGCAGCCCACGCCGCGCAAGCUGGGCAGCCGCCUUCCACCCAACAAUUCUACUCGGCAUACCAAAACUACUACAACCUAUCCCCUCAGAACGAGUUUCAGCCCUUUGAGGGAGACUAA